CGCUGCUAUUACCUUUAUAUUAAAGCUUUCCCCCCCUAACCAUGAUUCAACAACACGCUUUUAAAUCCUUCUUUCUGCAGAGAAGACGAAGGAGGCACAGAGAGAAAAUCGGUUAUGGCGGAAGGAGGUACAACACUAGAAUUCACUCCGACAUGGGUGGUGGCCGUCGUCUGUAGCGUCAUCGUCAUCAUUUCUCUCGCUGUCGAACGUCUUCUCCACUUCGCUGGCAAGUAUUUGAAGAAGAAGGAUCAGAAGCCUCUGUUCGAGGCCUUGCAGAAGAUCAAAGAAGAGCUAAUGCUGUUGGGAUUUAUAUCGCUGCUGCUAACGGUUUUUCAAGAAAGGAUUAACAAGAUCUGUAUAUCAGAGAAUUGGCUACGAAAUUUUAUGCCGUGUAAAAAACCAAGUGAUGAUAAAGACGAAGGUACGACAGCUCAUUUUCAGACAUUUUUUUCUCCGCCGGUGCUUCCGGCCACCGUCGGCCGUCGGCUCCUCUCCGAGGACUCCUCCGCCCCUACUUACUGCUCUAUCAAGGGGAAGGUUCCAUUGUUAUCCACCACAGCUCUGCAUCAUCUUCACAUAUUCAUCUUCGUGCUAGCUGUCGUGCAUGUCACUUUCUGUGCUCUCACCAUUCUUUUUGGCAGCAUUAAAAUACGUCAAUGGAAACACUGGGAAGAUUCUGCUGCUCAAAAGAAUUAUAAUGCAGAAGACGUUUUACAAAAGAAGUUCACACAUGUGCGAGAUCAUGAUUUUAUCAGGAAUCGGUUUCAUGGUUUUGGAAAGAGUGUUGCUGUGCUAGGCUGGGGGCAUUCAUUUUUCAAGCAAUUCUUUGGUUCAGUUACUAAAUCAGAUUACAUCACAUUGAGGCUAGGUUUUGUUAUGACUCACUGUAGAGGUAACCCAAAAUUCAAUUUUCACAAGUACAUGAUGCGUGCACUCGAAGCUGAUUUUAAGAAAGUUGUAGGAAUAAGUUGGUAUCUUUGGCUAUUUGUGGUCAUCUUCUUGUUGCUUAAUGUUGCUGGUUGGCAUACAUAUUUUUGGAUAGCAUUCAUUCCGUUCACCCUUUUGCUUGCUGUGGGCACCAAAUUGGAGCAUAUAAUCACACAGUUGGCGCAAGAGGUUGCGGAGAAGCAUGUGGCCGUAGAGGGGGACCUGGUGGUUCAGCCAUCAGAUGAACACUUCUGGUUCAACAGGCCAAAACUCAUCCUAUUUCUGAUUCAUAUCAUUCUGUUCCAAAACUCAUUUGAACUGGCAUUUUUCUUCUGGAUAUUGGUUCAGUAUGGGUUUGACUCCUGCAUAAUGGGCCAAGUUCGGUAUAUUAUCCCAAGACUUGUCAUAGGAGCGUUCGUGCAGUUCCUAUGCAGCUACAGUACAUUGCCGCUCUACGCCAUUGUGACACAGAUGGGAAGUUCAUUCAAGAAGGCAAUAUUCGACCAACACAUUCAAGAGGGACUUGUGGGGUGGGCAAGGCAAGCCAAGAAGAACAAAGGUCUGAGAAAAGCCGCAAAUGGUAACAGUGCUGGUUCUCCUCCCGGUGCAGCUGCUGUUCAGAUGACAAAAGUAAGAGAAGAGGAUGCUCUACUUAGAUCUCAAGCCAAGGGAACAGAGAUUGUAACUGAUCAGAGAUCGAACUCCUCAUCCUAAACCAAGAUUAACUGACCAUAGAAACUACAGGGCUUUCUUUUCUACAUGGAUUUUCUUCUUCUUUUUUUAACUUUUUGCUUAUUAAGUUAAUUUGGUUGUAGAUAAAAAACCCUGCAAACUAGUUAACUGUUAUAACAAUAUUACAGUGAAAACGAAGAUGAGAUUUGAAAAGAAUCAGGAAA